AUGGCUCGUACAUUAUUAGAAAAGUGGUCUCAGUUUGAUACAUUAUUUGCAAGUAUAAUUAUUUUAGAUUUGUUUUCUAUAACAUCUCCUGUAUCUAAGUAUUUACAAUCAGAUUCAAUUGAUUAUUUAAGAGCAUGGCGUUCUGUAGAAACUUUACUGGAACUUGUCAGUAAAAAAAGAAAUGGGGAACAUUAUACUAAACUUUAUAACAAAUGUAAAUUAUUUGCUCAAAAACUUAAUACUUUUUUUAUAGAUGAACCAUUAUUGGACUUUCAAGACAAUUUUGUAUCAAAAAGAAUAUCUGUAAAAAAAAAAAACCCUGGAGAAUUAUCUAAUGAUGAAGUCAAAACUUUAUCUCCCUUUAAAAAAACAAGAGGAACAUAUUUUCAAAUUCUAGAUACUGUAAAAAUGUCUAUUAAUGAAAGAUUUGUACCAAAUAAAGAACUGUUGAUGGAUAUCGCUUGGUUGGAUCCUUCAAAAUACAAGGAAAUAGUAAAUCUUUCAUUAGAACAGCUUCCAUCUAAUUCGUUAAAUAAACUAUCCAAAUUGGCUGGAGUAGAUAGGAAAACAUUAUUUGUUGAAUUAAAACAGUUUGCAGAACAAUAUUCAAGCUUUUCUGCAACAACAAGAUCUGUAAAUUGUGAACAUAAUGUUAGAGAAACAAUAGAUACAGAAGAUGAUGUGGCUGCUAUAAAACAACCAAAAUGCGGUGACUGCUUACCUAAAGUCUAUCAAAUACUAUAUGAAAUAACAUCAAAAUCUGAUUUGUUUAAUACAUUAUACUUAACAAUGAAAUAUGUUUUAGUUCUUCCUUGUACACAAGUUUCAUGUGAACGUGCAUUUUCUAAAUUGAAAAUUUUAAAAACAAAACUUAGAUCGUCUAUCAGACAAGAACAUCUUGAACCACUAAUGUCGUUAUUUGUCGAAGAAGAUUUAAUACAAUUUAUUCAAAAAGAUGAAAUAAUUGAUCAAUUAGCAUCUUCUAGUCAAGAGCUGAAGAGAUUAUUGUUUUAA